UUUAAACUUUACAUUAUAUAUACAAUUUACUUUCUACUCUUUUUAUAAAUACAGUUGUUUUAAUUGAUUUCAUUAAUGAUUUAUCGAUCAUUUGAGUACCUAUUAUUCGUAUAUACGUUGUCCUAAAUGUUCUUACUAAAUUAAUAGUAAUUGGAAAAUGGGUGUCAAAAACCUUUGGUCUAUUUUGUCACCAGUAGCAGAGAAGUCGCCGCUCUGGGAAUUGCAAGGAAAAGUAGUAGCAAUAGACUUGAGUGGUUGGGUUUGUGACAGUGAAAAUUGCAGUCAAAACAACAAUAGCCAAAAAAAUAUGUACUUGAGAAACCUUUUCUUUCGCACAUCUAAUUUACUAUUGGUAGGUGCUAUUCCAAUAUUUGUUUUCGAUGGAGAAGCGCCACAAUUGAAGUAUAAUAUAAUGAACAAACGCAUGAAUGAUAAUACUAACGUACCCAAAAAGAAUAUGGUUCGUAAAAGACUUAAUUCACUACAAAAACAAUGCGAGUUGUUGUUUAAAAUUCUGGGAGUCGCUAGUGUUUACAGUCCGGGUGAAGCAGAAAAAUUAUGUGCUGUACUCAACGAAAACGGAAUUGCAAACGGAGUUAUAACACAGGACAGCGACUGUUUCCUUUACGGAGCCCGUGUUGUGUAUAGGAAUUUUAUUUCGACUGGUUCCGGCUCUGUUGAUAUUUAUUCUAUGGAAACAAUUGAAAACAAAUUACAAAUGGGCAGAAACAAAAUGAUUGCCAUGUCGUUACUGUGCGGUUGUGAUUACGACGAAAAAGGCGUUGAUGGAGUCGGUAAAGAAACGGCUUUUAAAUUUCUUCAACCGUUGGACGAUUCUAUAGUACUUGAACGCCUGAGACACUGGAGAAACGAUAUAGUGUUAAAUGCGGCAGAAAAAGACAUUAAAUCUCAAACAAACGACAUAAAGUUAGAAAUUAAAAUAAGAAACAAAGCUAUAAAGAACCAAGACUUUCCGUCCAAUGAUCUCAUAGAAGAAUUUUUAAACACGCCAAAAUGUCCCAAAGUUGUCGUAAAAUGGAUGUUACCCGACAUUAACGCAUUUGUCACAUUUGCAGCGACAAAACUAUGUUGGGAAGAAGAUUAUGCGAUUGAAAAAUUUUUACCUUUACUUACCCGAUGGCAUUUACUAUACGAUGACGACCACAAGUGCGGUGUCGAAAUUGCCGACAUUAUCAAAGCACGCGUUUCCAAAGGAAUAAGUUGUUUCGAAAUCAAGUGGAAAGACUAUGAUAUGACAACGGUCGAACCACGAGAAUGCGUUAGCUUACGUUAUUCAGACAAGGUAUCGGCCUAUAUAGAAAAGAAUACGAAGCCUGCAAAAAAGCCCAAGAAUAAGAAAAAAGUUGUCGCAGAAAAAGCGACGAUAAACAGUCUUAGUGAUCUUACAAACAAGAUGUCGACAAUGGAUAUUACCGCGAAAGACAAAAAAUCAAAAGUUCCAAAAAAAGUCAAAGGUCCGAUGGACAAUUUUAUUAGAAACCAACAAGUUCUAGAAGACAGUUUGACAUUAUCGGACUUUGAUUGCGACACUACCGAUUUGGAUUUGUCUAGUAUCGUAAAUAGAAUUAUUUCGUGACAAUGUAAUAUUGUAAAUACGAAACACUUGUAUAUAGUUUUAAUAACAAUGAAAUUGACCAAAACCUUUGUACAAAUAUCGAGACAUUUUCGUUUGUAAUAAUAGUUGUUUUAAGUUAUAAUUUUCUUCUUUAUAAAUUUAAUUUUAAUCAUCACUUAGUUUUGAAUAAUGUGAUUUAUUAACAAAUACCUAAUUGAAAUAUUUGUACAAUUAU